GUGUGUGUUUGAGUGUGCGUUUUACCGAUGGAGUCGCGCAGUGUGGCGUACGGAGCUUCUCUCGCCGGAGCGGGAUUCGACCUCGUCAAAUUCAUCAAACAGCCGCAAACGGUGGUUCGUUUCCUCAGCUGGGUGUUUGCCAUCGUGGUGUUCUCCUCCAUCACUGCUGAAGGCUACGUGAACAGCACUGAUGAAGCUGAGGUCAGGUGUGUGUUCAACAGGAACGACGGCGCCUGUCAUUAUGGCGUGGGCAUCGGUGUGAUCGCCUUCCUGGCCUGCGUGGGCUUCCUAUUGGCUGAUGCGAUUCUGCCGCUCAUCAGCAACGCUCAGGAGAGGAAGUACAUCGUGAUGGCGGAUCUGGCCUUCUCAGGCUGCUGGACGUUCCUUUGGUUUGUGUGCUUCUGUCUGACGGCGGAUCAGUGGUCCAAAACCUCUGACCGCAGCGGGAUUCCCACCGAUGCUGUACACGCCGUCAUCGCGUUCUCCUUCUUCUCCAUCGCCUCAUGGGGAGCGCUAACAUACUUCGCUGUGGUGCGAUUUCGUCAGGGUGUUGAAGAAGUGACCCAGAGCUACACGGAUCCUCCACCCGACCUCUCGUCCCCGUACCCCAGCACAUACACUCCGCCAACAUACCCGUCCUUCCAGAACACCGGAGCAGAUAUUUACCAGCAGCCGCCCUUUACCCCCAACCCCGACCCGUCCGGACAGACCAGCUUCCAGCCGCCCGUCUACUGACACGCCCACCCAGGUCACAUGACACCUAUGCGGGAGACAGCCAAGAGAAGCGGACUGUCAUUGACGUGCUUUAUAUAAACGUGUACAUAUGAUCAUGUUUCUUACUGUAGUCGAGGUUUACACUGAUGAACUGGAAUAAAGUGAACGCAGGUCAGUCGCUCACACUGGAG